ACUGCUCAGCAGGGAGUGAGAGCUGAAGGCUGGGCUGAGAGAGCCGGGCUGCACUGGGUUAUUCUCUUGGACGAGACGGCCAGAUCCGUGGGAGCUGAUAUUUGACCCAUCCUCUGCUCUCAGGCUGACUGAAAGCUAUUGUACCCCUCCUCCCCCUCCUCUGCCAUUCCCUGCCUUUCUCUCUCUCUCUCUCUUUUCGGGAGAUCUCUCUCUCUCCUCAUCUCUUUGUGCAGCGGAAUAUACUCGCGCCGUCGCUGCUUCUGCUGCUGCAGUCUUGCGCGUGGAUCGGCGGGAUGGAGCGCUUCCUUGGCUUUGUCAAGCAGAUCCGCAGGUCCCGCAGGCGCAAGGGCAAAAAGUACCGGCCCGAGGAGGAUUACCACGAGGGCUAUGAGGAUGUGUAUUACUAUGCCUCCGAGCACUUGCACAAUGAGGGGCCCUACACAAAACACUCCAACCCCUCCAGACCACCAGAUGGAGCUCUGGCCAUCAGAAGACAGAGUAUUCCAGACGAGUUUAAGGGCUCCAGCAUCGUGGAGCUGAUGAAGAAAGAGGGCACCACCCUGGGCCUGACUGUGUCCGGCGGCAUCGACAAGGACGGCAAGCCCCGCGUCUCCAACCUCCGCCAGGGAGGCAUUGCAGCCAGGAGUGACCAGCUGAACGUAGGAGACUACAUCAAGUCUGUCAACGGCAUCAACCUGACCAAGUUCCGUCACGAUGAAAUCAUUAGCCUGUUGAAGAAUGUGGGGGAACGGGUGGUCCUGGAGGUGGAGUACGAACUGCCGCCUGUCUCUGUUCAGGGUUCAGGUGUAAUGUUUAAAAAUGUCGAGGUGACUCUGCAUAAAGAGGGAAACACAUUUGGAUUUGUCAUCAGAGGAGGCGCCCAUGAAGACAGGAACAAAUCUCGUCCGGUUACCAUAACAACUAUCAGACCCGGCGGCCCUGCUGACAGGGAAGGCACCAUCAAACCAGGAGACCGACUGCUGAGCAUCGAUGGCAUCCGCCUGCACGGCACCUCCCACGCAGAGGCCAUGAGCAUCCUCAAACAGUGCGGCCAGGAAGCCACACUUCUCAUCGAAUACGAUGUGUCCAUCAUGGACUCCAUAGCCAGUGCUUCUGGCCCGCUUCUGGUGGAAGUGGCCAAGCCUCUGGGCUCCAGCUUAGGAGUGGCUCUCUCUACCUCCAUGUACUGCAACAAGCAGGUCAUCAUCAUCGACAAGGUGAAGCCGGCCAGCAUCGCUGACAGGUGCGGGGCACUGCAUGCAGGUGACCAUAUCCUGUCGGUAGAUGGCACAAGCAUGGAGUAUUGCACACUGGCUGAAGCCACACAGCUCUUGGCCAGCGCCUGCGAGCAUGUCAAAAUGGAGAUUCUCCCUCACCACCAGACCAGACUGGCCCUUAAAGGCCCAGAGCACGUCAAGGUGCAGAGGAGCAACCGGCCACUGCCCUGGGAGUCCGGCACCAACAACAACAGCAACUUCCUCCCCUCCCAGCACUAUAACACCUACCACCCCGACCAGUCCCGCAGCCAGGCCAAGCAGAAAUCCUCUCCGAACAACCCCUCUCUUGGUUCGUCCUUCUCGCCCACCUCCAUGAGUGCCUACAGCCUGAGCUCCCUCAACAUGAGCACACUGCCCCGCAAUAUGUAUCCCACAAGCCCCCGUGGCACUAUGAUGAGGCGCAAGCUCAAGAAGAAGGACUACAAGAGCUCCUUGUCUCUGGCCUCCAGCACUGUGGGCCUGGCCGGUCAGGUGGUCCACACCGAGACCACUGAGGUGACUUUGGUCAGCGACUCCAUCAUGGGAUUUGGAAUCCAGCUCCAGGGAGGAGUCUUUGCCACGGAAACGCUCACCUCUCCCCCACUCAUCGCUUACAUAGACCCCGACAGCCCGGCCGAGAGGUGCGGCAUCUUGCAGAUUGGUGACCGGAUCCUGUCCAUCAACGGAAUCCCCACGGAGGACAGCACACUGGAGGAGACCAACCAGCUGCUGCGGGACUCCACCAUUACCAGCAAAGUCACGCUGGAGAUCGAGUUUGACGUAGCAGAAUCUGUCAUCCCAAGCAGCGGCACCUUCCACGUGAAGCUACCAAAGAAGCCAGGCGUGGAGCUGGGCAUCACCAUCAGCUCUCCAUCCAACAGGAAGCCAGGGGAUGCUCUCAUCAUCUCAGACAUUAAGAAGGGCAGUGUGGCACACAGGACGGGUACACUGGAGCUGGGGGAUAAGCUCUUGGCCAUCGACAACAUCCGCCUAGACAACUGCUCCAUGGAGGAUGCUGUCCAGAUCCUACAGCAAUGUGAGGAACUGGUCAAGCUCAAGAUCCGCAAGGAUGAGGACAACUCAGGUGUCCUGCGUGCAGACCGUGUUGAUAUGGACGCCCGUGUGCUGUUGGCCUGUGUUGCAGACGAGCAGGAGAGCUCUGGGGCCAUCAUCUACACGGUGGAGCUGAAGCGCUACGGCGGCCCUCUGGGCAUCACCAUCUCUGGCACCGAGGAGCCCUUCGACCCCAUCAUCAUCUCCAGCCUCACUAAGGGCGGCCUGGCCGAGAGGACGGGUGCGAUCCACGUUGGAGACCGCAUCCUGGCCAUCAACAAUAACAGUCUGAAGGGCAAACCCCUGAGCGAGGCCAUCCACCUGCUCCAGAUGGCUGGAGAGUCCGUCACACUCAAGAUCAAGAAGCAGGGAGAGCUGGUGAGUCCUAAGCAGCCAUCAGUGUCCGGGCGUCUGGGGGAGCUGAGUGAUGUGGAAGAUGAGAAUCAAAGUAGUCAGAAAACAGGCAAACUGUCGGACAUUUACUCCGCCACCAUCCCCAGCGUGGACAGUGCUGUAGAGUCCUGGGACGGCUCUGCAAUCGACACCACCUUCAGCACCCAGGCCCCUACAGGCUUCCAGGCGUCAGGCUACAGCUUCCACAGCCAUGAGUGGAGGAACGCCAAAGCGAGCCGGGGCAGUCUUUCUCCGGUCAGCAGCAGCCGUCAGAGAAACAAUAUCCUGCAGGACCUGGGUCUCAGUGAUGAUGAGUGGGACAGACCUGCUGCUAGCGGGUUCACUGUGGGCCACGACGGGACAGAGCCAGACCAGGAGGAGAACUUCUGGUCACAAGCGCUGGAGGAUCUGGAGACGUGCGGUCAGUCGGGGAUCCUCCGGGAACUCGAGGACAAGCCAGACAGGCUUCUGACUAAGAGAAACCUGGCCAUCUUGGCCACCAUCAUGUCUGGGAGCACGCUCAGUCUGAACCAUGACCCUGCGCCCACGCGGACCCACCUGGGCAGGCAGGCCAGCUUCCAGGAGCGUGGCAGCAACAAGCCUCAGUACACACAGGCUAACCGCAGCAACACACUGCCCAGCGAUGGGGGCCGCAAGGCCUUCGCCAUGAGGAAGAUGAAGCAGGAGAUCAAGGACAUCAUGUCGCCAAACCCUGUGGAGCUACACAAGGUGAGUCUGUUCAAAGAGUCGGAUCUGGAGGACUUUGGCUUCAGUGUGUCUGAUGGGCUCCUGGAGAAGGGUGUCUAUGUCAACAACAUCCGUCCAGGGGGACCUGCAGAGGUGGGGGGGUUGAAGCCCUAUGACAGGCUGCUACAGAUCAACCACGUCCGGACCAGGGACUUCGACUGCUGCUUGGUGGUUCCUCUCAUUGCGGAGUCUGGGAACAAACUGGACCUGGUCAUCAGUCGGAACCCGGUGUCAAUGCCGCCCUCAGAACUGAACCAGCUGCCCAAUGAGGAGCCGGUGGGCUGGACUGACCCCUCCGAGCCCCUCCUACAGCCAGCGGCCGGACAGGAGGCGGCCCAGCAGAACUCCGUGCUGGCAGGGGUGGACGACAGAGACCCCAACAAGACCUUAUAGCAAAACCUACCCUCCCAGCGCUGGCAGACGAGUGCUCCUCAUGGUGCUAACUGAACCCCUCCUGACUGCUCCCCCCCACUGGGAGCGAGCGGGAGCCUGUCCGUGAUAUAGCACACCCAGUCUCUUCCCUGAGCCAGAGCAUGAGCCACACUGACCGAGAGAGGUGUCCUCUCCACGCCUGCUGGGUGCGUUUUUACUCCUGUGGGAAUUACACUAACGUUGGAGGAAGACCAUACUGACCUCUUGAAAUAUUAAACUGAAAAGAUGACAAGAAAAUCGAAGAAAUCGAAACAGUGCCAUCCCUCAUUUUUAUUGCCAAUGAACACAAGUAGUUUUAAGGAGAGACACAAAAAGAAAAGAAGCAAAAGGAAACCUUGAGACGUUUACACAUGAUAUGGACUGGCCUCUCUGUCUGUUUGUAUGUAUGUAUGUGUGUAUGUAUUGGAGAAUGCCCCUUGUGUCAGCAUUCUCUGCGCGUAUGUGUAGGACAUUCUUAUACGAGUCUAGGCCAGAACGAUUCUCCACGUCCUCUGUUUGCAAAAAGUCCCACGUCCUAACCUCAGCUGUUCACCUUGUACCCUGGAAACGGCUCCUCCAGUUCCGUCCUUUUAUAGUGCUGAAUUCCAAACGUGUGUAUAGUAAAGACCCCUGUUAAAUCCUCACAAGUGAUGCCAAGGUCUGAGUUCCCUGCCUUACUCACUCAGCAGGAAAAGAGUUUGGCACAAGCUCAGCAAAGUGAAUCCAAUAGCCAUUUUCCAAAAACGUGGCAAAAAGCGAGUGAAUCAGCCUGAGUGGGUUGGGUAGCAUAAUGCAUGAGACCUUUUCUGAACUACUUUGUAAUGGUAGACGUACUAUUGUACAAAAAAAGAGAACUUGGCUACAUGUAGUUAAAAAAGAAAACAAAAAAAGAAUUUUGAGUAACACAAAGGCCAUCAUUUUAUUCCAGGUGUCGCUUGCUGGUAUAGAUACAAAUCUAAUUGUUUGGACCCUGAUGUCAUAUUAAACUAAGAGGAAUUGUUUCACCGUGAUACUGAAGGGGUGGUACCUAAGGCACCUUAUCUUAGAAUUGGACAGAUUUCUAUUUUUCUUAGUAGUGGCAUAUGAUUUAUAAGUGAGCAAUGAGCAGAUGUAUGCAAUCUGAGUGAUGGGAUAGGGAUACGUUAAGCAAUCAUUUUGCCUUACACUCAUAGGAAGCUGCUCAUGUGCAGAUCGAGAAAACAUUGUGAUACAAAUGAUGUAUUUUGGUUUGGAAGCAGCUUUGCUAGGUGUUUGUUAGAUGUAAGCAGUAGGACUAGUUUAACCCCUAGGCAUGUGUUCCAUUUCGGGGGAAGUCGAUUGCUAGCACAAAGCGGAGACCAAAUAUCCACUCCAGACUGUCCCAAAUCAGCCUCCUCCCAGAUUCAAGCAAUGGGACUGACAUGCCAGUUCUGAGCGACUGUGGUGACAGAGAAUUGCAUCAGUGCUGAGGCGAAGAUGGCAUGCUGGGAACGGUCUCACGUCAGCCACGUCCAUAAAAGGGUAGAACAGCAUGUGGUGAGAAUAAUAUCGAAAUAUUCAUUCUGGAGUUAGUUUAGGGGGAACAUUCUAGCCACCAGUAGUUUGUAGCCGUCAAGAUCUUUACUCUUUGACCUGCAGCUCUCAUUCUAACAUCACCCCGAAAGGAAAAAAAAAAGAUUUUUAAAAA